GGGGGCGCAACAGUUCCCCGCGUACUUUCCCUGAUUGAAAUGUGAUUGGUCCAUUCGUAUGCUCGGCCUGUGGCGCUUGCUUGGAAUAUCUUACCGUCUUCUUUUAUCUGUAUCACCAGCGCUGGUUCUGAUAUACAUUAUUCGUCUUAUUCUUUUGUGUUCUCUUAAUAAAAGAUGGACGACCUCAGGAGACAUUUGUUAAAACGGCUCAUACGAACCAUGACGAUCCAAACGCUGAAGACGACACUGAGACUGUGGGCUCGUCUGAGCGUCGAACAACAAGAAUCGUUAGACUUCACUAAGCCCAAAUAUGUGUUGACGGAAAGACUGCUGGACCUAUGUGAAGAAAGUGGAUUGGGAGUAAAACACAUCACAGAGCUCGAGAUGGUUUAUGUCAUUGACCACCCAAACCAAAGGCAAUGGCAUGCUUACGAGCUUCUAGAGGCAGCAGAUGACGCUCUCUCUGUAGAGCUGUCCAACUUUAAGGAGCAAUUUAAAGCUCACCUUGCUGAGCUCAUUAGACGUGUGUCCAUCAGAAUUAAGAAGCAUACAGAUGAGGCAGUCUGGAUACGAAUCGCCUGGGGCGACAGGUCCUCGCGGCCGAAUCACCUGAAGCCUACAUACGUCGUCCACCAUCUUCAGACACCCUACGUCUUUAUAACCAACUCGACUUCAAAAACGAUGCCUCUGUUAUCCCAAGCCUUGGUUCUGGCUACCAGAUAUAGCUCUAUGAAGGAUGCUGGACUCAGUGGCCGGAACCUCGCUGCCAUCAGGGGUCUGCUGAUGAAGCAAUUUCAACAGGUCUUUCCCAGCAAGCAUCUGCAGCCUCUUCAGGGAGAUAACCAAACCAAACCAAACCCACAGAUGGAGUGUGAACAAGAUGAGCAGUCAGAGAAAAGACUUCAGGCAGCCUGUGAGGCUUUUGGUGGUGGAACGCUACCUGAACUGCAAAAGGUCACCUACACGCUGGAGACAAAGUUCAAGGACAAGACCAACCAGAUCAUGACAGAAAGGGAACAACCGUUCAGAUGUACUGUUACAUUUAAGAGCUCCAAUAUCCUGGAGUCACUCCGGCACAGUGCAUUGACAGGAAUUACUUCAACCCCUCUCUCACCACUGUUGUCAUCCAUCUCCCAGAAAGGAAGAAAUGUUUUUCUGAUCACUGACAAAGGCAAAACUGAAGACCAGAUAGGAAAGAAACGGGGACUUCGGAACCUGGCAGAUGAUGUUUUCCUGAAGGACACAAUUGAGGCAGCAGCAUGGUGCCAGUUGCAGACCUUCACCGACCACGUUUCUCUCCCGAUUGUCAUUGGGAUGGAAGGUGCAGAGCAGCAGGCAUUAUUAGCAGAGCUGAAAUCCGUUGACCGCAGUUGCCUGGAAGAAAGCCCAAACAGGAUUGAACCGUUCCAGUUCUUCUUCAAUUCAAAGAAGGACUACGAAAUGUUCUGUGUGGAGAUGUUUGACCGGAGAAAGCUGAAAGUGUUUGCUUCUUGGGAGUAGCGACAUUUGACCCAUUGUUUUAAUUGAACUGGGGGGCCGGGGGCCGAUUCUUUAUGUUGAAGAAUCAUUUAUGUAACCAUCUAAAACCAUUUUCAUUUGUCUUUAUAAAUAAAAUGAUGUCACGGUAA